AUGGCACACAACUCACUCCAUCUCAAUGCCAAGAAGGACGCAGUUGCCGCGUUCCAGUCUUUCCUGCGCGAGACCAAGCUCCCCAUCUCGCCCACAACAACAGCACUCCAGACGGAUUCCGAUGCCAUCUUCCUCGGAGCUGACUUCCAGGCCAUCGUCAAGAAGCACCUGAAGCAGCACCAGCAGUCCCCGCCGUACACCCAGGCGCAGAACGGCAUCGUCGAGCGACAGGUGCGCACCCUCUCCGACAUGGUGCGAGCCAUGAUCACGGGUGCAGGCCUCGACGCAUCGUACUGGAGCCUUGCCUGCAACCACGCCCUCCACAUCCUCAACAACAUGCCUCGCCCUUCCCUCCACGGCAAGACACCGCUGCAGAUUGUCACGGGCUCGCUGCCCAAGCACGUGCCGCAGCUGCACAUCUUCGGGCAGCCGGCCGUCGUCCACAUCAGCACACAGCGCGGACGCCUGCAGCCCAAGGGUCGUCGAGGCAUCUACGUCGGCCACAACAGCAGCAGCAACAGCCACCUCGUCUACUUCGCAGACACAAACACCGUUGUGUCCUCCAUCCACGUCCGCUUCCUUCCCUUCUCCAAGGCCGAUGUCAUGGAUGAGGGGGAGGAGCAAGUGCAGACAUCCACGACAUCGUCCAUGCUCCAGCUUCCCAGUGCACGUGACAGCAGCAACAACACUACUGACGGUGAGCCACCAACGGUUCACAUCGACGAGGAGCAGGACGAGGAUCAGCAGCGACACCAACGACGCCACUACGAUCCAGACACACAGAUGCAAGCGACACCGGAGGCAGGCGCUGGACUCAGGCAUGCUUGGAGGAGAUCGGGGCGAUGGAGCGCAAACGGCGUCAUCAAGCUCAUCCCACGCAGCGCCGUGCCACGGCAACACACGCCCCUCAAGUCACGCUUCGUCUUCAAGGUGAAGCGUGAUGCGGAAGGCACGCUGACGCGCUUCAAGGCACGCUGGGUCGCCAAGGGCUUCAGCCAGCGACCGGGCAUCGACUUCGACCAGACCUACGCCCCAACACCAGCAGCCAAGACCAUCCUCACUGUGCUCGCCGUCUCCCUGCAACGACAGCACCAGCUGCACCAGCUCGACUUCAAGUCGGCUUACCUGCAGGCUGAUCUCAAGGAGGAGCUGUACAUGGAGCUGCCGCCGCACUUCACCGACAUCGACGACGGCGCUCAACGCUACGCGGGCAAGGUGUGCCGGCUGCUCAAGCCGCUCUACGGCCUCAAGCAAGCUGGCCGUGCAUGGGCCAAGAAGCUGCACACCUUCCUCAAGACCAACGGAUGGGCGCAGAGCAACGUCGACGCUUGCCUCUUCACCAAGCUCCACGACGACGGACAGCGCACAUGGAUCAUCACGUACGUCGACGACCUCAUCAUCAGCGGCAGCAGCGAGCGCCACAUCCGUGCCUGCAAGCAGCAGAUCAAGGAGAGCUUCGAGGCAGAGGACCUGGGCCCGCUCACCUGGUACCUGGGCCUUCACCUGACGUCACCAGCUGACGGCGUGUUGCACAUUGCGCAGACACAGGCCAUCAACGACAUCGUCAACGACUACAACCUGGCAGCGGCAGCCAGCGUGUCCACGCCCAUGCGUGUUGGCAUCGACGCCUCCAGCAUCAGCGAGCAGCCCGACCGACGCUUGCCUUUCCGCAACCUCGUGGGCUCGCUCCUGUACCUGGCCAACCGCACGAGACCAGACGUCAGCUUCGCGUGCGGACUGCUCUGCCGUUACAUGGACCGUUACACGACGGUCCACUGGCAGGCAGCCAAGCACGUCGUGCGGUACCUGAAGGCGACGAGCGAGCACGGCCUCCUCUUCAAGCGACGCAGCGGCACGCGCAAGGACCAGCCGCUGGACCUUGUGUGCUACAGCGAUGCCAGCUUCGGCACAGACCAGCUGACGGGCCGCUCCACGACGGGCUUCACCUGCUACAUCAACGGCUGUCUUGUGUCUUGGAGCAGCCGGCUGCAACCCACGGUUGCGCUGAGCACCGCUGAGGCCGAGUACAUGGCCAUCUCCGCAGCAGCGCAGGACGUCGUCUUCCUGCGGCAGCUGCUCAUGGACCUCGGCGAGCCCGAGGCUGGAGCCACCAAGAUGCUGACAGAUAACCAGGCGGCCAUCGCCAUCGGUAACGACCACGUCACCAAGCCGCGCACGAAACACAUCCGGAUACGCCACCACUUCGUGCGGGAGCUCAUCGCCGACGGAACCAUUGUGCUGCAGCACUGUCCCGGCACGCAGAUGGUUGCCGACGCGCUGACCAAGGCACUAGACAAGCAGACCUUCGAGCAGCACCUGCCACGACUGGUGGGAACCUCGACGUCUGAGACGGAGCAGAGGAAGGCAGUUGAGGGGGAGUGUUGA